CAACUGCUAGGUGCGGAACAUGCAUUGAAAAUAUUGCAUUUUUUUGUAGAUUUUAGUUGAGACAAUCUACUUGUACUUAUAUAGAGUGUUUAAAAUUAGGAAUGAGUACGACAGACCUAUUUGCAGACUCUGCAGAUUCCAUAACAGAAAACGUGCCUCUUCGAACCAAAACCGAAAUCAUACCCGGUGGAAUCACUCAGAACCAAGAGGAGCCUCACACUUCGGGAUGCUCUAUAACAAACCAAAACGAAACCUUGGACUUCUUGAAACCUGCCAAACCAACCGAAGAGGAUAUAGAAAUCACCAGGCUGUACUCGGAACCGACGCCUGUAAUCGAUUUAAUGCGAGAGGAUGUUAUCUUGAAAUCGCUGGAGGACUUGUGCCAGCAGCUGGUUAGAGAACAAGAAACGGUUCUGGAGAAAUUCGCUAAUACUUAUUCUAACACCACCGCUCCAGUUCUUCAAGUUACGAAUGAAAUUGGCAUCGGCACAGAAAUCGAAGAAAUUCCGAUACUGAGCCGGUAUCCCGAGGAUCCACCGCCACCUUACACUUAUACCAAUCGAGAACAACCCCCGAGAUACUACGAAAUCGAGAAUUUACCCUCUACGCAAAUUUAUAAUUCAUCGAUCGCCACCAGUCAAUACCUCAGCGCAACCGAUUUGCUAGAUAUUUUCGCUACGCGGAAAAGCAGAAACAUAUUUUUCUCCAAGGUGUAUCUAAUCCUCGGCUUCGAAACGUUGCUGGUGUACCUGUUCACGCAGGUAUGCGUAAGCGUGGCGAUUCUGGAGCGAUUCAUUUCGGGACACGAUAUAAUCGUGCUGAUGGCCAUCAUGUCGUUGCUACUAGUGGAGUUCAUUUUAUUCUCCGAAGUCGAAUUGAGGAAAUGGUUUCCGUUCAACGCCUUGAUGUUAUUUGUUUUAAACGCAAUAAUAGCCUACAUAUCGGCCUACACGGCCGCUAAAUUGGAAUCGUACGCUAUUGUUUAUGCAACCGCGAUCGGUUCGUUGGUUUUUUUCGUUCUAUCCGUCGCGACGCGGUUGAAUGUAAUCGAUAUAGGCCGCAGGAGCAGCGUUUUCUUGAUAUUAGUCAGCCUAGCGGGAUUAUUUGUUUUAGCGAUGAUUUUUGUAAGAGCAUUCAAGAGUAGCUUGGUGUUUCCCAUCGUUAGGGUGUUUUUUAUCAUAUUUUUGUUCACCGUGUACAUCUUGUAUGAUACUAACCAAAUUAUCAGAGGCCGCAGAAUUCGAUGUCACAACAUUUUGACGUUGAACAUUCCGAGAGGAUUUGGGGUAAUGAUUUCGAAGCAACUAUUCGAAAGGUCCAGCGGCGAGCUCUAUUUCGUUAUCGAGGAAAAUUACAACGUCAUCCGAAAGAAGCUGCUGGAUAAAUCCAAAAAGAGGCUGAACACUUGGUCGGGGGAAUCGGAAAACGUGAAGGAGAAGCCGAUUUCGGAGUUCUUCGGGGCGAUAAAUUUGGACGAUUCCCUGGAGGAAUUGAAUAAGAAACUGAUGAAAGAGAAGGAACAGGUGCUAAUUGAAUACGGCAAGGACCACUUCGAGCGGGAGUUGUAUUCGUACUUGUACAUCGACCCGUUGUGUCCGGCCCCGUAUAAUGAUAGCGACAGCGAGGAUAAGAAAAUACCGGCCCAGCGGAUAUUCGCUUAUCCGGUCCAAACGGCCGCGACGUUCGCGGAGAACGGCGACGAGAGAUUCGAGAGUUGGUUCGACGAGCAGAAGAAGAGGAACCGUUUUAUAUCCAAAGUUUUUUCCAUCCUAUUUAUCCAAUUACUUUUUACGGCGUCGUUUAUUUUUUUGGCCAUCACCAACGGUGCUGUAAAGGAGUUCAUCCAGGAACAAUUUGCGUUAAUAGUCGCUUCUUUGGCGAUUGAAACUACGGUGCAGAUGGUGAUAGGAAAAGGACGUUACGUGUUGUCGCCGAAGGAACACGUUUUUGCUGCACUUACUUUGUACACUUGCAUUAUUGAUAUAUUUAGGAUUUUGUUGCAAAUACUGGCUAAUAGAUCAUGA